UGUAGUUUGGGGGCGGCCCGGCUUGCCACGGAGGUCACUCGGAGCGGAGGGCCUCGUAGGCGGAGCGCGGCGUGCCCCCAUGGCUUGGGCUCGCGUCUCGCUCUGGGCGGUGUGCACGCUCCGCGUGGUGCUGGCCACUGUGUACUUCCAGGAGGAGUUUCUGGACGGAGAGCGCUGGAGGAACCGCUGGGUGCCCUCCACCAACGACUCCCGGCUCGGCCACUUCCGACUCUCUUCGGGGAAGUUCUAUGGCCACAAAGAGAAAGACAAAGGUCUGCAGACAACGCAGAACGGCCGCUUCUACGCCAUCUCUGCGCGCUUCCCACCUUUCAGCAACAAGGGCCGGCCGCUGGUCCUGCAGUACACCGUGAAGCAUGAGCAGAAGAUGGACUGUGGGGGCGGCUACGUGAAGCUCUUCCCCGCUGACCUGGACCAGCAGACCCUGAGCACCGCGUCCCCCUACUACGUCAUGUUUGGACCUGACAUCUGUGGAUUCGAUCUCAUGAAAGUUCAUGUUAUUUUACAAUUCAAGAACGAGUAUCACGCAAACAAAAAAUUCAUCAAGUGUAAGGUCGAUGGUUUCACACACCUCUACACUCUGAUCCUGAGGCCAGAUCUCACGUAUGAAGUGAAGAUUGACGGGCAGUCCAUUGAGCUGGGCAGCAUCGAGAAUGAUUGGCACUUGGCAUCACUCAGGAAGACAGAGCAGGCGGCCACAGCUCCAGGCUUGGACCCAGGGAAAGCUGGGACAGCCCAGGACUGGGAGAAGCACUUCCUGGAUGCUGGCGCCAGCAAGCCGAGCGACUGGAACAGUGAGCUGGAUGGGGACUGGCCAGGGCCCAUGCUGCAGAAGCCACCGUACCAGGAUGGCCUGAAACCAGAGGGAAUUGAUCAAGACAUCUGGCUGCACGAGAAGAUGAGGAGCACUCGCUACCUGACUCAUUAUGACCUCUCGGAAUUUGAGAACAUCGGCGCCAUUGGGCUUGAGCUGUGGCAGGUUAGGUCAGGAACCAUCUUUGACAACUUCCUGCUCACAGAUGACGAGCAGUAUGCGGAGAAUUUCGGAAAGGCCACCUGGGGUCAAACCAAGGGCCCGGAGAAGGAGAUGGACGACGUCCUGGUCAAGGACGAGGUGGCCAGAGCCCGUGAGGAGGAGGAGGAGGAGCUGCUGGCGGGCAGGCUGUACAGGCCUCGGGGAUUCUUCGAUCGCUUUCACCGGCAGAAGGAGCUGUAGUCCCGCCCGCGGUAGGCAGAGGUGACUGGUAAAGCCUCCAUCUACUCUGAGUCUACAUCUCGCAGCCCAGCCUCUGUGUGCUCUUUUGUCCGGCGCGCUGCGGGAAGCGUGCCUGGGGGCCGGGUGCAGGGUGCAGCUGCGC